ACAAAAUCUUCCAAAAGCAGGGGAGAGAAAAAUGGUCCAUAUCUUUUCAUUAUAUUUUGCAGUAUUUGUUCUAAUCUGAAUCUAGUCUUGUACUUCCUACCUUAAAAAAAUAUGGUGGGAUUUAGUCCAUCAAACUUAAUAACUAGACAUUAUUAACUGUGGGGCUAAAUUCGUCUAUUUUCUAAAAAUGUUUUUGUGUGAAUAGCCGACGUCUCUGUGUUAAAAUACCAUGACAGCCGCAUCCGGUGGCAGGGUCUGGGGAAGGGGCGGCAGGUGCCAUGUCGGGCCGCAAAGGUGGCAAGAAGAAGCCCCUGAAGCAGCCCAAGAAGCAUGCCAAGGAGAUGGACGAGGAAGAUAAGACAUUCAAGCAGAAACAGAAGGAGGAGCAAAAGAAACUUCAGGAGCUAAAAGCGAAGGCCGCUGGGAAAGGCCCCCUGGCCACAGGAGGAAUUAAGAAAUCUGGCAAAAACUAAGCUGUUCCUUGUGCCUGAGGCAAUGAUGAUCCUUAGUUCCAUUCCUGUUUAAAC